AUGACGUGCGACCGUGGCCUGGCCGCCUGCACUGCACGCGCCACCACAUCAAGUCCCCGCGCCGAGGCGUCCAUCCGCGGCAUCGAGAGAGACGUUCUCGAAUCACCGUGCAGAUGGGCUCCGCGGUAUCGGAAGCCGGUCGAGCACGUAGUCGCGCGGCAUGUCCCGCUCGCGCACGGGCAAAUGGAGGUGUGGUCCGAGGUCGAUAACAGCUGCAUCGCAUGGGUACUGCACCUCAAUCCGCAAGCCCACCCGAUGAUCGACUCAGAAGACCUGCUGUUGCGGACGAGAAAUGCGCAGACUUCCAGAGAUCUGCUACAAGCACUUCUAGUAUUGAUGUACGGUAUUCGCGCGAGAAAUAACGAGGCAACUCACCCGUCGCCGUCGUCGCCGUGUCAAAUGCCCACCCUUGACGAGCUCGAGCGCGGCGUCCACAUCGUCCUUCGGGGCUCCCAGAUCUUCCGGCACGAAGCGGUGAGGAGCACGCUCGCGGGGCCACACCACCUUGGAAUCUCGAGCCCCAAGACCGCCAUGGGCAUGUCCAACGGCUCCAGCCAGCCCGCGUGCGUCGAAGCCGGCGGGCCCCAGCCGACGCGGGGAGACCGUGACGAUGGGGGGCGAGACGGGUCGCACCGAAAGUGGGCGCGGUACACUCUCGCGACUGGACAGUCACCGACUCGACUCGAUGUUUCCACACACCUUCGAGCGAACGGAACUGCAGCGAUAGCGCGGCAGAUGUACGGUAAAGACGGGUGGAGAUACUUUGGUGUCAUGCUGGUCCCUUCCCAGAAUAAGGAUGCCCCAUGA